AUGUUGUUAGGAUUUCUGUGUAUUGCAUUGCUCCCUCUUGGUUUUGUAUCCAUUGGCACAGCUUGUCUCCCCUCUGAUGAAGUGAAUGCAUUGAGGGAGAUCGGAAGGAAGUUGGGUAAAAAUUGGGAUUUCCAAGAGGAUCCAUGUAGUCGAAGAGCAAAUUGGGUGUCUGCAACUUCUAACGAGACAUUUGAAGAUAAUGUCCGUUGUGCAUCAAACGGUAGCAUCUGCAAUAUCGUCAGCAUAAGUCUUAGAGGACAAAGCCUACCAGGCACUCUCCCGCCAGAAUUCGUUAAUCUCCGUUACCUUCAAAAUCUAGACUUAUCCCGCAACUUUCUCAGUGGUACCAUCCCUCGAGAAUGGGGUUCUAUGGAUCAUCUUGUAAACAUUUCUCUCCUCGGGAAUCGUUUAUAUGGAUCAAUCCCAAAGGAACUUGGAAAUAUUACCACACUCACUACUUUAAAUGUAGAGGGCAAUCUGCUAUCUGGAAGAAUUCCCAAGGAACUUGGUAACCUUUCAGGCAUCGAGAGAUUAUUUCUGAACUCCAACAAUUUUACUGGGGAGUUGCCUCCAUCAUUUGCUAAUCUGACGGCGAUGAAGGAAUUUCAGAUUAGUGAUAACGAUUUAUCUGGGAAGAUCCCCAAUUAUAUAGGGGGAUGGACACAUCUCCGGAAGUUAAAGAUUCAGGCCAGUGGAUUGGAGGGGCCAAUACCUUCUAGCAUUACUCUCUUGGAAACUUUAUCAGACUUGAGAAUCAGCGACUUGACAGGACCAGACACACUUUGUCCACCCUUUAGUAAUGUAACAUAUUUCAAGAACCUGAUCUUGAGGAGUUGCAAUCUAAUCGGCGAGUUACCAAAAUCCCUUGCGCCAAACAAUCUGAAAGUCGUGGACUUAAGCUUUAACAAGCUUAAUGGAUCCAUUCCUGAAAGUUUAUCGGUUCUAAAUGACACAAAGUACAUUUACCUUACUGGAAAUUUGCUAUCUGGAAGUGUGCCUCCUUGGAUUCUCGAUAGAGCAAAGAAUAUUGAUCUGUCAUACAACAAACUUACAUUUGAAAGCUCACGAGAGUUAAGGUGUCAAAUGCGGGAAACAAACUUCUUUGCUUCCUUUUCAGCAGAUAACAUGUCUAAACAGGUCUCAUGCUUGCAGGAUAAUGUUUGUGCAACAAAUUCAUCCUCCUUGUAUAUCAACUGUGGUGGAAAGCAAUUUGAGGAUGGAAAGAAGGUAUAUGAAGCUGAUGUGGAGCGAGGUGGUGCUUCACAUUUCUCUUCGACUGGGAGUCGAUGGGGAUUUAGCAAUACUGGUCACUUCUUGGGUAAUGGCCGUGAUGAUUAUAUUCUGCCAAAUCCUUCUAGGGUCUUGAUGAACAACUCUGGAUUGUACGAAAGUGCACGAACCUCAGCCUUAUCUUUGACAUAUUAUGGUUUCUGUAUGCGCAAUGGAAGCUACAACGUAAGCCUUCACUUUGCGGAGAUCCUUCUUACUGAUGAUGGAACAUAUAGCAGCCUCGGAAGACGUGUAUUUGAUAUCUAUAUUCAGGGUAAGCUGGUGGAGAAGGAUUUUGACAUCAGUGACAAAGCAGGUGGGGUUGGGAAAGCAUAUGUGAGUACUCAUUCUGUAAACGUUACCAAUACUUUGGAAAUUCGACUCUAUUGGGCUGGAAAAGGAACAACUAAUAUCCCAUUUCAAGGAGUAUAUGGUCCUCUUAUUUCUGCUAUCUCCGUCGAUCCAAAUUAUCCGGUUCCACCAGAAGAUGGACUGGGAAAUGGACAUGGUGUGUCCAGAGGGGUUGUGGCUGGAAUUGUGGUUGGAUCAGUUUGCUGUAUCGUCGUAAUUCUAGGAGUUCUAUGGUGGUGGGGUUAUUUGCGGCACAGAGAUACUAUAGACUUGGAGUUGACUGGCGUAACUGGUUCAUUUACAUUGCGGCAAAUUAAAGCUGCAACGAACAAUUUCGAUGUUGCUAAUAAGAUUGGAGAAGGUGGUUUUGGCUCUGUUUAUAAGGGUGUAUUGCCGGAUGGCACUUUAAUAGCUGUGAAACAGCUUUCUUCCAAAUCAAGGCAAGGAAAUAGGGAGUUCUUGAAUGAAUUAGGCAUGAUAUCUGCUUUGCAACACCCCCAUCUUGUGAAGUUGCAUGGAUGUUGUAUCGAAGGAAACCAGUUGUUGCUAGCGUAUGAAUACAUGGAAAAUAACAGUCUUGCCCGUGCUCUGUUUGGGCCUAAAGAAUGGCAGUUAGAACUUGAUUGGCCAACACGAUACAGGAUCUGCAUCUGCAUAGCGAAAGGGAUGACUUUUCUGCAUGAAGAAUCAAGAUUGAAGAUUGUGCACAGAGACAUCAAAGCGACCAACGUGCUGCUCGAUAAGAAUUUAAACGCUAAGAUUUCUGAUUUUGGCUUGGCUAAGCUUGAUGAAGAGGACAACACCCAUAUAAGCACCCGUAUUGCUGGAACUUAUGGAUAUAUGGCUCCUGAAUACGCAUUGCGUGGUUACCUCACGGAUAAAGCCGAUGUCUAUAGCUACGGCAUCGUUCUUUUAGAGAUUGUGAGCGGGGUGGCUAACACCGUUGACAGGGCAAAGCAGAAUCAUUUUAUUCUUCUUGAUCGGGCCAUUGCUUUGAAAAAUGGGGGUAAUUUGAUGGAGCUCGUUGAUCCGAGGCUGGGUUCAGACUACGAUGUCCAAGAGGCGACGGUAGUUAUAAAUCUUGCUCUACUGUGCACUACGAUCUCUCCAACCGACAGGCCCGCAAUGUCAGCAGUCGUUAGCAUGCUCGAAGGAAGAACGGUUGCUCGAGCAUUUGAUGUUGAACAAAGUGUCGCAACGACUGAAGUGGAUCGCGAGAAAAUGAUGAAGCAACUUGAGUGUAUGAAUGAGAGCCGAAUCGAGGAAAUGUCAAUCGCCCGCACCGAUUCCUAA